GCGCCUUGUCAUUUUCAGUCAUUGGCUGAUCAAAGAUUUUUUAAAACUACAAUAAUCGGAUAAUCGGGCCAUCGCUCAAGUGUUGAACUGUGAUAAGUUUAUUUUAAGGUUGUAGUGAUUUAUCUGAUGUGCAUUUAAGUGAUUUAAAGUAUAUUAUCAAAAUGCUUAUCAAAGAAUAUCGUGUUACUCUUCCAUUAACUGUUGAAGAGUACCAAGUUGGGCAGUUAUAUUGUGUAGCAGAAGUCUCCAAAAACGAAACCGGGGGUGGUGAAGGCAUAGAAGUAAUUAAGAAUGAACCUUUCAAAGACUAUCCCUUACUAGGUGGCAAAUACUCAUCUGGCCAAUACACAUAUAAGAUCUACCAUUUGGCAUCGAAGGUGCCAGCAUUUAUAAGACUUUUGGCUCCAAAGGGUUCAUUAGAAGUUCACGAAGAGGCAUGGAAUGCCUAUCCAUACUGCCGGACAGUAUUAACGAACCCCGGAUAUAUGAAGGAGAACUUCAUAAUUUGCAUAGAAUCCUUGCAUGUACCAGACGUCGGCGAUCAAGCCAAUGUACACGAGCUACCCCCCGACAAGCUCAAGAUCCGCGAGGUGGUGCACAUCGACAUCGCGAACGACCCCAUGUCGUCCGCCGACUACAAGCCGGAGACCGACCCCACUAAGUUCAAGUCCGUCAAGACCGGGCGCGGCCCACUCGUGGGGGCCAACUGGAAGAGCGAGCAGAACCCCAUCAUGACGUGCUACAAACUCGUCACCGCCGAGUUCAAGUGGUUUGGUCUACAGAGCAAAGUGGAAAAUGUUAUUCAAAAAUCAGAACGACGGUUGUUCACUAUCUUCCAUAGACACGUCUUCUGCUCCAUCGAUGACUGGUUCGGCAUGACGAUGGCGGACAUCCGCGCGAUCGAAGACCGCACCAAAGAAGAGCUGGAGAAGCUCCGUCGCGAAGGGGAAGUGCGCGGCAUGCGCGCUGACAAUGAGUAGACAUACACGCGUGCGAGCGUGCGAACAUGCAUGCGUGCGAGUGUAUGAGCGUCGAGCGCGGGAACAUGUGCCACGUAAGCUGGCUUAAUUGUAGUAAACGAUUGUAUUAAAUUAAUAUUAGAAUUUUAUGAGGCACUAGUUUAUGAAUUCGCCCGAAAUAACGUUAUUUAGUCGUAUUUAAAACUGAUAUCGUCACUUAAAAUGCAAAACGUUCUGCGUGAAUGUAUGCUCGGAUGCAUGUGUAUAUAGCGGAAGUGUAUAAGAUUCCGGGAACUCGAAUCUUACAUCUUUUUAUCCUACGGACGUCCACUUUUGAACAUUGGUAUCUUAUUAGGUUUCCACUGUCUCGCGUGUCUUGUAGCAUUUCCCUAAGAUUUAUUUCAUGAAAUAUAUUGACCUAAUAUUGCGACACCAACGUUCAUUGGUUAAUAUAGCUUUACAGUUCAUUAAAUAAUAUCUUCUACCGAGAGAUCAUUUAUGUUUCGAAAGGUGUAUUAUCACCACUACGUAAAUAUACUCCGGGCACAGUACCUUUUAAGCUUUCAUUAAAGAUGCAUAGUUAGCGAAAAUGUUUCAAAAUUGUUGUGAUGAAGUGUAUAAAAAACAGGAUUAAAAUUGCCAAGGAGAUCUUGCAUAUUAGUAAAUCUAGUUUUUUUUAAUUCAAAUAUGGAUUUCGGAUGCGUCAUUAAUUUCGGCUGUAAGACUUUGCAUUUUGUGCCUGUUUAAAAAGACAAAAGUUUUAAAAUAGAACCGAUGUGACUUUUUGCGUUUCAAGUGGCGAUAUUGUUUCCAGGUGCCAGAACCAUGUCUUUUCUAACUGUUCCUGCGUUUAACGUGUUGAUUCACUCUCGCACAAUGCCCGAACCUCAAAAUCGGAGAUUGCGUUAUAAAACGACUGCUGGCAGUCGUGAGCUCAUUAUUUAUAUUUGCAUAUUAUAUUUAAUAUGUAAGGCCGUUUCAAAACAAUAUUAGAACACUUCAUAAUAAUUCGACUCAACGUUAGUUAAAUCAAUUAAAAUCAAUUUAUUUAAUAGACUUAGAUAAAUGUUCCUAUACUAAGAAGGAGGCAGUCCAUUUUUUUAUGUCGUGUAAUAUGUCUAUAUCUCACGAAGGCCAUUUAGCCUCGGUCGCUCGUGGAAGAACAGCGUAACAACGUAUGUGUGUCGGUAAAAUAUCAGAACCUGAGCAUUCCGCCUCAAUAAAUCGUCGGCAUACGAUAAACGAUGAUACUAAAAAAAAAAGAGGCAAUAUUUUCUAUUGGCGCUACAAAAUUCAAUAUUAUUUCAGUUUUCCAAAAUUGUGACAAGUUAUCAGCUGGUUGUUAUUUCGGAUAAUUUUAUUUAUUGUUAACGGUUUUUGUGAUAUUAAUGUCAUAUUUUCCACGUUUCCACAAAAUAUCCUCAGACGUAUUUAUUUUAAAAAUGUGAAUGCUAUGCAUGUGUUUGAUGUAUUUUCUUGCUAUUCAUUUCAGAGCACCGAGAAAAUAUAUAGUUUUAACGUUGAGUCAUUACUCAACGUUAAAACUAUAUAUUUUACCAUAUAAGAACAAUGCUCCAUGACAUUUUUGGACAGUCUCCUUUUACUGUGCACUAUACUAGAAAUCUGUUGUAUUUAUUGUUGUAACUUAAUCUAGAUUGAGCAAUAUAGCAUAGUAUUAAACAUAUUAAUAUAACGAAUUGGCGUUUAAAUUUUAGAAUAAAAGCGCACGCGCAUACCAUCGCCACACAUGUGGACAAAUGUUUAAAUACUUAUAUCUCGUUAGUACAUUGGAAUUCAGAACUAUUCUAAUCUUCUCUGCAGUCAGUAUAAGGCUGUUGAUUUAUAAAUGCUAAUAAGAAAUAAAACUUUAAGGCGUGGUCUGAAUUAGAAACUCCCUACACGUUACGAUCCGAAAUCGGAUGGUGUAGGGAGUCCUAAGAUAUCCGAUCCUAUCUGGUUUUUGGUCCAACUUAGGAUCGGGACGUGUAGGGUGUCCUUUAGGCCUACUAUACUCGUAUUAUAACGUUCACACAGCGAUCUCGAUUGGAGCGAGGGCAUACAAACAACCAUUAGCAAAAUAAUAAUUUCAUUGAAAUUGUGGUAUAUAGAUAUUUAAAUAAAAUAAGUUGAUGUAGUCUGUGGUUCCAGGUAGUGUUGUCGUUACCUAUCAUAAAUAAAUUUGAGAUAAAUAAAAUAUUUGGACAUUUAGCAAACGAGAAUCGGUGGGAUAUAUUCAUGGCAUUUUAGGUCCGACUUCUUAAAUAUUUCGCUGUUUAAUAUAUAAAUUCCUACUUUUAAGUGAGAUCCUGUUUAGGACAGGUUCUAUUUGGCUGUUGUGUAUUAUAUUAAUAUAGAUAUAUAAUUACAUAGCGUUCCUUAAGGUAGCGCUUGCCUCAACUUUCCUCUAUACCACCUAAAUCGGAUGACCACUGUACUAUUAAUUGUGUUAGAACCUACAUCAAUCUAGAUUUCGAUUUAUCUCUUUGUUAUAACCAUUCUAUAUAUGUAAUCAACAUAGUUAAAUUACAAUAUAAAUCUUGGAGCAUCUCUAUUUCAACUAUAUGUAUUAGAAUUAGAAUAGUCUAGUUUACUCAUAACUUCAAAACUAAGAGUUAUAAAUUUAUAUUGAUUUGCUUUACCGUAAUUUGUCUAUUAUCAAAAGUUGGUAUGUGUACGAGUUCUUAAUAUUUUUUACUACUUCGGUAUUACGUACAGUACAGUGCAAAUUCAAAUGUUACAUACUAGGUCAUAAUGAGGGCUGAUUUAUUAAAGGGAGGGAAUCCGCCUGAGAUUAUAUACCUAGACGUAAUUUCAUAGGUUUCAUAUGCAACAAAUGCCAAAAAGAAGAGAUUUAUUGGCGAUAAAAAAUCAGCCCAAAAUUGUGUUAUUUAUUUAUUAUCAAAGGCAAUCCAUUUAAAUUAACAGGACCCAAAAGUUAAAUGAAUUUCCGAGGGUCUAUUGGCAGAAGCUUAAGGAACGCUGUACUUUAAGAUUUAUAUUGCAAAUAAUUUCGCGUAAUAGUCAUGUAUAUUAGUUGAGGCACGAUCGUUUAAGGGAAAAAAAUUGUGGUGCAAUAUAUUUUAACAAUGGCAUCGUACGGUUUAAAAUCGGUAGCAUGGUUUAAUUUAUAAAAAGGUAUGUUGCAAAAUGAACUAUGGUGUAAGUUUUCAUUCGGACGGGCGUUGAUAAGUGUUUAAUUUAAUACGCAAAGUGCAUUCGACUCUAAGCUCAAUACCUAGCUUAUAAAAUUCUUCAUAUAGCCUGACUCCACAAGGCUAUACUAAAUAUCCAACGUACGUACAUGGUAACGUCCAUAUUUUUAUCCAAUCCCAAGACUCAAACCGGCGCUUCUUGUGAUCGAUUGCACAUUCGCACGGCCUUAGUAAUUAUGACAUUUACUUGCAUAUAGUAAAAUAAUUUAUCUUAAAAUACACCGGUAUCCUAUGUAGAGCAAAGGCAUUAUUAUAUAUCGUGAACUAUAUUAUAUACCGCUAGUUGAUUUCGGAUUUCUAUUUUUUUUGUCAUAUUUGUUUUGUACUUUUAUUCGGAUUUGGCAUCACAAAAACCUAUAACCUCCAUUCGAGCCGGUAGGUGGCACUGGAAUUUCUUGUAAUUUAUAUGGAGUUCCGUAGAGGACGACGUCUGCCGGGUCCACUAGUUUUCAGGAAGACAUCCCAGACCAGACUAGUUUUUCUUUAUUUUUGUCUCCAUAUUUACAUAUUUUAUUUUACCUCAGUGUUGCCGUUCGCAUAUUUUUAUUAAUAAUUUGUAAAUAAACACAAUCAUGACAUUCUUAUUUAGAAUGGUUUAACCUAAACUAAACUCUUUUUAACGAACGCUCGAAAGUAAACUUAAAGGUUUUCUAAUUAUAUGGUCACUGGUAAUAUGGUGUUAUGGUAAUUUUUUCUUAUGAUAAUGGUUCAAAUUGCAACGUCCUUGGUGAGCGUGUUUAUUUAUUUAAGUUUGUUAUUUAACAAAUCAGUAUUUUCAUAUUUGAGUGACAUUCCAGAUUCUGUACCAAGAGCCAUUUGUGAGCUAUUUUGUAUGAAUUGCAGUGAACGAUUUAACUCCCUUCAAAGCUCUCUUGUCUUACGUCCGAAAUUAAUAAGCUCAUAUUAUUUAUGCCGCUUGGAUAAAAACAACAAACACAAAUUACCAAAGUUUUUAAACAGUAUCUUGCCCUAUCAUUUCACUCAAAACACAUAGAUAAUGAAUCCAACAAUAUAAUUUUAAAAAUACGUUUAUGUUUAUUUUUAAAAUUAUAUGCAGAUUUAUCAUGCGAUGUUUCUAUAAAAUGAUCAGUUAGUUUGUUAAAACCUUUGGUGAUUUCCCUUGAGCGGUGUUGUUACUAAACGACGAUAUCCAAAAUUCAAUCUUACUUUUAACAUGGAGAAUACUUCGUCGAUAAGAGAUUGAUUGCAAUCUUGUGUUAUUAAUUUUGGACACUAAAGCGAACUGUGCAAUGAUACGCAUAUAUAAAUUGAUGAUAAUACUAAAACAUAAUUUAUUAACAGUAUGUGUGUCAAAAAUUGUUAUUCUCUGGUUAUCAUUAAUUCAGAUAUAUCUUACGAUGUUUCUUUUUUUUACUAUUUUAAGAUAAUGUGGCCGUUUAUUAGUUUUUAUUUUCAGUUUAAUUUCAGAACUCUUAAAAUUAUUUGCAUAGGCCUUUGCACUUUGUUUUGGCCGAUUUCGAUCCUAAUCUUUUAAAAAUAUCGAAUCAAUAUUAAAGAGUAAAAUGGACCUUAUAGACACCGUUUUAAAGUCGUACAUUCUGUACUUAUGUUUUUUUAAUUAUUUCUUUUACAAACGUUCAGCUUGGAUUGCAGCUGUAGAAGAAAUAUGGACGAAGUUAGGCCUUAAGACAAAUUUAUUUAGGUUCAUUUUACUCUAGCAUUGGAGAUACACGUGCGACACAAUAGUACUAUUUUCCAUGAGUUCUGAUUUUAUAUGUUUCGGGCUUUGUUUACUGUUAAUCUAUGUUCUAUUUACUUUUACAUGAAAUUAAAAUACAGUGAUAUAUAUUUGGGAAUAGUAUAUUUUUUUAUUUAUCUUAUUGAUAGGCCUUAAAUAAUAAUUGACAACCCGCUUUUAGCAUCGCAUAGCGCUUUUGUAUAUUACCUGUAUUUUUUAUAUUUUGUUUAUUCUCUGUUUGCAUUUAAGGUACUUAACUUUAUCUAUUUAUGCCGAUUCAUAUUACCGCAUAAUAGUUUAUUUAAAUUUAAUGUUCAAUAAAUUAGUUUGUUUUGUAUUGUGCUAAUAUUAUUAUCUAUCCUCGCGACUGGUGUUACCCACAUCAAACUAUGUUGACAUUUGACACAGUUACCAAAAUAAACAUUAAUUAUAAAUUAUGUA